AUGCUGCGGUUGGUCGUGGAAUCGGCCAAGAUCGAGCCGCCCCUAAGUCCCCCCCCCAGACCCUGCCUGACUGUCUACUUCAGAGAUAUCAAGAAGAGAACACGUGUUGUGGAAGGGAAUGACCCCACGUGGAACGAGACUCUCAUCUGGCACCUCUGGAGCCGCCCCCUGGAAAAUGACUCCUUCCUGCAAGUCAUCCUUCGGGACAUGGGCUCAAAAAAGAAAGAAAGGUUCAUUGGCCUGGCCACAGUCCUGCUGAAGCCAUUGGUGAAAAGGCCCAGGGAGGUCCUUCUUGUGAAGGAGCUGAAUCUGCUCAACCAUUCCAUGAUGCCCACAGAUUGCACUGUCACCCUCCAAGUGGCCCAUGUGAUCCACCGGGACACUGAGAAAACAGGCAGAGCAGACCCCCUGGGAAUGAUCACAAGGGAGGCGACCCAGCAGAAGCUCCUGGUCCCCGGCUCUGAAGGGAUGUAUAGGGCUCUGUCCUCCAAGCCUCAGCACUUUCAGGUCCGGGUGAAGGUGUUUGAAGCUCGACAACUCAUGGGCAACAACAUCCACCCCCUGGUGAAAGUGACCAUCGCAGGCCAGCAGCACCACACACGGAUCAAGAUGGGAAACAAUCCUUUUUUCAAUGAGAUCUUCUUCCAGAACUUCAACGAGGUGCCUGCAAAGUUCUUUGACGAGAUCAUCUUAGUCCAGGUGCUGAACUCCUCUGCCAUGAGAUCCAAAGCAGAGAUCGGGAGAUUCCAGACGGAUAUCGGAUUCGUCUACCACUCUCCAGGCCACACACUUCUGAGGAAAUGGCUGGGCCUCUGCCUGCCAAAUGAACCCAGCAGUGGGGUGAGAGGCUACCUGAAAGUCACCAUCUGUGCCCUUGGUGUGGGAGACCAGGCUCUGGUGGAUCAAAAGCUGCUCUAUGGAGCCGACACAGAUAUCGAGGUCUUCAAGUCUGCAGCCGUCCCCAUGACCACCGCUUACCUGCAGCUCUUCAUCUACUGUGCUGAGGACCUGCACCUCAGUAGUUACCAGCCAGCGAGUCCCGUGUUAGAGGUGGAACUGAUUGGAGAGAAGCUUAGGACAAAUGUGCAACACCAAACCGACAACCCCAUAUGGAACCAGAUCCUGACCUUCCAGAUCCAGCUGCCCUGCCUCUCGAGCUACAUCAAAUUCCGAGCCCUGGACUGUGCCGCGAGCGAUUGCCUUGAGGAGAUCGGCACAGCCAGCCUGUCCUUCAGCCACAUCUCCUCCACCGGAGAGGAGAUCGAAGGACUCUACUCAGGCUUCCUGCCCUGCUUCGGCCCCAGCUUCUUGCCUCUCCACGGAGGUCCCCGGGCCCCUUCCAGGAUCCAGGAAGAAGCCACUAGUAUUCCUGGUGCUAUUGGGGACGGUUUGUCUUACCGAGGUCGAGUAUUCCUGGAGUUAAUCACCCAAGUUAAAUCCCAUCAAGACAGUACAAUAAAGGACCUCUCCCGAGAAGUGGCCAGGAUUGAGAAACACCAGAACCGCCAAAAGUAUGGACUGUGUGUUAUCUUCCUGUCCUGUACCAUGAUGCCCAACUUUAAAGACUUCAUCCAGUUUGAGGUCAGCAUCGGCCACUAUGGAAACAAGAUGGACCUGAAUUACAAGCCUCUCGUGUCCAGCACACAGUACAGCCCUGUGAUAUAUGACGGCAACAUCUAUCACUACAUCCCCUGGUACAACACCAAGCCGGUGGUGGCCAUAACAUCCAGCUGGGAGGAUGUCAGCUUCCGCAUGCACUGCCUAAACCUGCUCCAGUUCACCAGGGACCGCCUGAAAGCCAAUUUGGAUACCCUGAAGUCCAUCCGGAACCCAAGGGACCCUGCCCUGCUCCCCCAGUGGGAGAAGCUUCGGAGGGAGCUGGCGGAGGAUUGCAGGCGCCCUCUGCCCUGCAUGACCGGUCAGCCCAAAGCCACCAAACUGGACAGAAAGAGGUGGCAACUCCGCAGCCUCCUCCUGCAGGAGCUUGCACAGAAGGCCAAGGAAGCCAAGCCCAGGGACAUGGUGGCCACAGUGGAGGGCUGGCUGCGCCGCCUUGGCGCUGUGCUCCCCGAGCCCCAGAUGAGCCUCCCGGAUGUAAUGAUCUGGCUGAUGGCCAAGGAGCGGCAUGUGGCCUUCGCCCGGGUGCCCGCCCACACUGUUGUCUUCUCCCCGGCCGGGCCCUUACACUCUGGCAGGUUCUGUGGGAAGAUCCAGACCCUUCUGCUGCAGUACCCAGAGGGUGAAGGACAGCAGGACGCGCCACCAGCCCACCUCCGGGUCUGCAUGUGGCUUGGCAACAUCGCUGACAGCAAGGACCUGCAGCUGCUCCGCCAGGGCGACAUGGUGGUGUAUGCAGAGACGUAUGAGAACCAGGCCAAGUACAAAGGCCACUGGGGACCGCAGGGGCUCUAUCAAUGCCCCAACUUCUCAGAUGUCAUGGGUCACAAGGCCCUUCCCAAGUCGGAGUUCAAGGCGCCCCCUGGGUGGCACUGGCAGGACAGCUGGAUGGUGGAGCCUCAGAGAAGGUUCCUUUUGGACAUAGACAUCAACAAGAGCCAGGUGUUGGAGGAGGUGUAUGAGAACCAGGAACGCAAUGUCAAAGGCACCUGGGUACCCUCUGCCAUCCCAAACACUGAUGUGAAUGGACAGCCCACGGAGGCCCGGGACAGGGUGACAUGCCCGCAGGGUUGGCAUUUUAAGAAGGACUGGGCUGUGGAGCUGAAUCAUGCGGUGGACAGUGAGGGCUGGGAGUACGGCGUGGGGAUCCCACCAUCGGGGCUGCCUCGGGUCUGGACUUCAGUGGAAAAAAACUACCACUCGUGUCGCCGUCGGCGCUGGGUGCGCAUGCGCUUCCGGAACCAUGAGGAGCUAGGUCGUGAGGAGCAGACUGUGUCCUUCCUGCAGAUGCAGGGUCUGGCCAGCGAGGGAAAGGAGGGCUGGGAGUACGGCAGCUUGGGCUCCACGUUCCACCUGGACCCGCAGCCCCAGAGCCACUUCCGCCGCCGCUGCUGGCAUCGCAGGCUGGCCCCCAACAAGGACACGGGCGUGGCACCCAUAUUCCUCCUGGAGGGCUCCCUGGCCGUGGAUCUGAAACACAGCCCUAAGAAGGACGAGAGUAAGGCGUGGUCCUGGGCUCAGGUCCAGGACUCCUGGAGGCCUGGCCGGGAAGACUGGCGACUGCCCAGCAUGCCCUUCAUCUACUGCACCCUGGACAAGCCCCACUACUACCAGCUCUUCUGCUACAUCUACCAGGCCCGGAAUCUGAUGUCCAACCAGAUCCUCGUGUUCCAGGAGCCCUUUGUGCGCGUGAUCUUCCUCAACUACAGCCAGUGCACCCAGCACCUGCCGAGCUCUUCAGUGCCCUCGUGGGCCCAGACACUCAUCUUCCAGCACCUCCUGCUGCAUGAGAGCCCCCAAGACACCCGGGAAAGCCCUCCACUUGUGGUGCUGGAACUGUGGCAGCGCGAUGCCCGGGGAAAGGAGAGUUUGUGGGGACGGAGCAUGUGGCCUCCAGUGGUCCGGCUGGACCUCAAGAAUUGGGUGCUGCCGCCCCUAAGGUGGCACCCACUUGUGAAAGAGCUGGAGAAGGAAGAGGGUGAGAUCCUGGCAUCCUGUGAGCUGAUCCUUGAGACGGAGAAGCUGAGAGAGAAGCAUCUGCCGCUCCUAAGCGUCCCUUGGAAAGAUGGGGUCUACACGCUGCCCAAGAGUAUCCAGCCCACAAUGAGCAAGACAGCCAUCGAGAUCCUGGCCUGGGGCCUCCGCAACAUGAAGCAAGCACGCCACCCUCAGCUGCUGGUGGAGUGUGGGGGCGAGGCCCUGAGGACAGAGCCCAUCAGGGACUUCCCAACCAACCCCAACUUCCCAGAGUCUGCGCUGCUGCUUACAGUGUUCAUGCCCAAGGAGGAGUCCUACGUGCAGCCCCUGAUACUGAAGGUGCUGGACAACCAGGAUUUCGGGCAGCAGACUGUCGUGGGCCAGGCCAUCGUCGACUUCCUGCAGCCCUACUUCUGUGAUCCCUGGGCACGGGACUAUCUGCCCCCACAGCUCCCAAUGCUGUCUAUGAAGAAGCACCAGAAGGUCCUAGGAUUCCUCUAUGAGAAGUUCUGGCUCAAGUUCAGCAAGGCUGAGGAUGAGUAUGAGCAUGAGGUGGACUGGUGGAGCAAGCUGUUCUGGGCCACGGGCGAUGACCAAAAGUCCCCAAAGUACAAGUACCAAGACUACCACACCCUAAAGGUGUACGACUCCGAGCUGGAGGCGGUGCCCGCCUUCCAGGGCCUGCAGGACUUCUGCCGCACCUUCAAGCUUUACCAGGAACGGCCCAAGGUGGACAGCCCUGUGGCAGGGGAGUUCAAGGGUCUCUUUCGCAUCUACCCCUUUCCUGAGAAUCCAGAAGCCCCCAAGCCCCCGCGCCAGUUCUUGGCUUGGCCAGAGAGAGAAGACUUUCCUCAGCUGUGCCUGGUGCGGGUGUAUGUGGUUCGAGCCAUUAACCUGCAACCCCAGGACUACAACGGCCUGUGUGACCCUUAUGUGAUCCUGAAGCUGGGCUCCACAAAGCUUGGCAGCCGGGACGCGUACAAGCCCAACACCGUGGACCCCAUCUUUGGCACGAUGUUCGAGCUCACCUGUACCAUCCCCUUGGAGAAGGACCUGCACAUCCAGCUACUAGACUUUGACCUGUUUUUACUGGAUGAUGAGAUUGGAACCACAGUCAUCGACCUUGAGAACCGACUCCUGUCUGGCUUUGGAGCUCGCUGUGGGCUCUCCAAGUCCUACUGCCAGUCAGGGCCCUUCAGGUGGCGGGACCAGAUGCCCCCGAGCUACCUCUUGGAGCGCUAUGCCAAGCGGAAAGGGCUGCCUCCUCCAGUGUUUGACCCCAAGGGAGACUCUGUUUUAUACAGGGGGAAAAAGUUCAAUCUGCAAAACUUUGAGCCCAAAGCCCCGACUGUGCCAGGUCUGGGCCCCAAGAAGGAGCGGCUGGCACUGUACAUCCUGCACACCCAGGGGCUGGUACCCGAGCAUGUGGAGACACGCACACUGUACAGUGACAGCCUGCCAGGCGUUGACCAGGGAAAGGUGCAAAUGUGGGUGGACAUCUUUCCCCAAAAGCUGGGGCCCCCUGGCCCACCUGUGAAAAUCAGCACCAGGAAGCCUAAGAGGUAUGAGCUGCGCUGCGUCGUCUGGAAAACCGCGCAUGUGGACCUGGUGGACGAGGCGCUCAGCAGAGAGAAGAUGAGUGACAUCUACAUCAAAGGGUGGCUGCUGGGGCUGGAGAAGGACAUGCAGCAGACAGACAUCCACUACCACUCCGUGACCGGGGAGGCCAUUUUCAACUGGCGGUUCAUCUUCACUAUGGACUAUCUGGCGGCAGAGCGCAUGUGCACUGAGAGCGAGAAGGAUUACAUAUGGAGCCUGGACCCCACAUCUACCAAGUUCCCAGCCCGGCUCAUCAUCCAGAUCUGGGACAAUGACACCUUCACCAGUGAUGACUUCCUGGGGAUGCUGGAGCUGGACCUGUCGGACAUGCCACGCCCAGCCCGGCACGCCAAGCAGUGCUCCCUCCAGAUGCUGGAUGCCGAGCCCAAGUGGCCCUACUUCUUCCCACACAAGCGCUUCUCCCUCUUUAAGAAGAAAACUGUGACGGGCUGGUGGCCCUGCCAGGUCCAGCAGGAUGACAAGUGGCGUCUAGCGGGCAAGGUGAAGAUGACGCUGGAGGUCCUAUCAGAGAAGGAAGCCUUGGCCAGGCCAGCGGGUCGUGGCCAGUCGGAUCCCAACCAGUAUCCCACACUGUACCCUCCCCUACGUGCAGGUAAAUCGUUCAUGUGGCUGCGGUCUCCUGUUCGAUACCUAUUCUUCGGUCUCUGCAGACGCUACCGAUGCAAAAUCAUUAGCUUCUUCAUCUUGCUGGUCAUAGCAUUUAUGCUGUUUAAAUUUAUCUACUCAGCUCCGAACUACUUGGCCAUGAGCUUGAUCCGCCCUGGACUCCGGAUGCAGCCUCCCAUUAAAAUAUACAACCUCAUCACUUCGCCCACUGUCAGCAGUGCGAAUCCUGCUCCCCUUGCCACCCAGGCUCCAAGCCUACAGCCUGUGACAGACCACCAGCUGCCCCUCCUCCAGGUGCCUAACCAGCACCUGGGUGCUAUCUUCCCAGAACUUCCAGCUCCCCGAGACUGAUCUUGCACAUCUGCCUGGCUCUCCCGCCCAAGGUCAGCUGCCCCCAGUGUCCUGUAGUGCCCAUUCUGUCUUAAAGGGCAAACAUAAGGGGUAAGGUGUAUUCUGCUUAUUGUGUCCACCAAGACUAGCAGAGCUGCAAUCUCCCACUGAAAUAAACAAGUUUCAUAGCAGACCCACCUUGUCAUUUAUUUUUUGGGGGGGCUGAAGACGGCAUGAAAGGACUCAUGGGGACAAUGUCACCUAGACGUGCCCCUGCUAGGCUUGGGUCUCUUCCAUGCCAACAGGCUCUCGGCACCAGAGGACUGGGAGGGAUGGCUCUCCACACAGAGGACCAAGCCUGGCCCUCACCCAGCACACCAGCGUUACAGCACCCAGGUCCAUGCACGGCCCCACUCCCCACGGAAAGCAUUUGUUUCUACAACAAAAAGCAAGGGCCAGGGCAGGGUAGAAAAUGCUAGGUUGGGUGGUUUCGUUGGGCCACCUAUUUUUCUAACGACAGUAGCCUGGUCCCCUAUGCUGAGUGGAGACUCUGUUUCCCAAUUCCCUGCUCUCCUUAAAAGAUCUCCAGGGAUGGGAUUUAGCUCAGCAGCACCUGCCUGGCAAGUGUGAGGUUGUGAGUUUGAUCCCCAGUAUCAAAAAAUAAAAUAGAAUCAAUGGCCUCCCGGUAAUAAAGAGCUGGAACCACAGAAGCCCCACAGUUCAAUCUGUCACCUCCCGACAUGCCGUCCCUGCCAACUCAUGACCCUACUAUAUCCUCCACCAUACAAGACAAAAGCCACCAUUUCCCUCUUCACUCUCCCUUGUCUGGAAGCCAAAUGCAAGGUCACUACCUGCCCCCUGGCUCUCUGGGGCUGCUCUUCACCAAGGGGCACUGAGUGGGCACCUCUGUUCACCUCUGCAGCACCCAGGAGGCCUGCAUGAGGCAAGGCAGACCUGAAGCAGAGGUGAACCUAACAGGAGGGCCGCUCCCACUGCACAGAGCCAAGACCCCCUGCAGGAGAAGGCAGAGAAAGAGCGAUGGGCCUGAAGCACAAGAAAAAGGCCCGGACUCGCAACCCACUCCUGAGAGGAGGGCCAAGCCCAUGACUGGUUCCACCAGCCAUUCUAAGAUUUCCCUUCAGGUACGGAGGCACAGG